AUGACGAGGCGCGAGUCCGCCCAGUGAGACGCGCCGCUCCUCGCAGAGUGGUGUGACGCGGAGGCGAGCACUGAAUCUUCUGGUGCUGUCUCUCUCGGAAAGGCGCUCAGUCUUGCCGAGGAACGCCGUCCGUCGACACCAUGAUCUGGAGAGGACCCCUUGUGCUGGGAGUCGCCGCGCUGCUCCUUGUUAUGGCAGUCGCCACCGCCUCUGGACACACGGGCAAUGCAAUAUUUACAAUCCAACAAGAAAAUUCAGGCAAAUGUCUAACUUUUGAAAAUGGACAAGUAAGUUUGGCAGCAUGUUCAGACAACUCUGCUUCUAUGCAGUGGAAGUGGGUCACACGCCACCGUCUCUUCAACUUGGGAUCAAAGCAGUGCCUGGGACUGGACCCAAAGUCAAGUACAGCAAAGCUGUUUGAUUGUGAUAACAAACAGGUUAUGCUAUGGUGGCAUUGCAGUAGGCAUUUGCUCUAUACAGUAUCUGGAAAAAAGCUGAGUGUCUAUGACAGCACACUUAAAACAGAUACAGAGGACAGGUCUAUAUGGCGAAGAGGUGGCUCUUCUGAUAGUGUUUGUGUUCCACCAUAUCAUGAGAUAUAUACAUCUAAGGGAAAUUCAUUUGGGCUUCCUUGUGAAUUCCCAUUUAAAUACAAUGGAACUUGGCAUGAUGACUGUGUCUCUGAUGAAAGGGAAGGAGGACUGCCGUGGUGUUCAACGUCUGAAGACUAUGAUAUUGACCAGCAAUGGGGACUAUGCCUAAAGCCCGAAAAAGGUUGUAGCAUCCUGUGGGAUAAAGGUUUCAAUGAUGAGUACUGUUACCAGUUCAACUUUCAGUCAGCACUCACUUGGAAGGAAGCCCGUGUGUCAUGCCAGAGCCAGGGAGCAGAUUUACUGAGCAUUUCAGACCCGUCUGAGCUCACAUAUUUACUAGGACAGGAUGGCUUUAGUGAAAUAACUUGGAUUGGUUUGAAUCAGCUGGAUGGCUCUGGUGGAUGGCAGUGGUCAGACAGUACUCCCCUUGCCUUUAUAAACUGGAAAGAAGGAACUCCUGAAACCUCAGUUCUACUUGAAAAGGACUGUGGUGUAAUGGAUUUUGAAGGUUACUGGAAUAGUAUUUCUUGUGAAUCCAAGCUGCCUUAUAUAUGCAGGAAGCAAGUGAAUAGCUCAAACUCUGACCAAAAUGAAUGGCUGUAUAAAGAGACCACCUGUGACAAUGGGUGGAUGGCAUACAAUGGAUUUUGCUACAAUGUGACAGAGAGUCUGGGAACCAGAGAUGAAGCAAUGAGUGACUGCUUGAAUAGAAAUGGAGAUUUAUUAAGUGUGCACUCUUUAGCAGAUGUGGAAUUAAUUAUCACAAGUCUUCAUCAAGAUGUAAAAAAUGACAUGUGGACUGGAUUGACCAACAACAAGUCUCUAGCACAGUUUGAAUGGAGUGAUGAUUCUCCUGUAACAUUUACAUACUGGGGACCAAAUGAGCCAUCUGUUCCUUUUAACAAAACUCCAAACUGUGUUUCAUAUUCGGGAGAGCUUGGCUACUGGAAAGUAACACCCUGUGACAAGAAACUGCAGUAUGUUUGCAAAACGAAAGGUGAAGUAAAAAACGACACUAAACAUGAUGUAGGCUGUCCAUCAGAUGGGGAAUGGAUGCUGCAUGGUAAAAACUGUUACAAAAUUGAUCCCAAAGAAGUACCAUUUAAUGAAAGUUGUGAGCUCACAAUAAUGAGCAGAUUUGAGCAGGAAUUUUUAAAAAACUUAAUGGAAAAGUACAAAUAUAAUUCCAAGUACUUCUGGAUAAGUCUCAUAGAUAAGAAUAAUACUGGUGAAUACCAGUGGGAAGUCAAAAAUGGAACCAAUGAACCUGUUAAAUAUACCAAUUGGGAUGAGUAUCAACCAGAUGCGUCUGGGAGAUGUGUUGUAAUGUCCGCUGUGGAUUCUCGUGGGAAAUGGGAAACCAAAGACUGUACUUUCAAAGCUAUGUCAAUCUGCAAGAAGAGUAUUUCUAUUCAGAAAGAUUCAGAAUCAAAGAUAAACUCCAGUGCUGCCUGUCCUUUUGGAUGGCAGUCGCAGCCAGGUCUUUUGUAUUGUUACAAGAUUUUUCACAAUGAAAGGAUAACAAGAAAAAGAACAUGGGAGGAAGCCGAAAAAUUUUGUAAAGCACUGGGAGCCCAUCUUCUAAGCUUCAACCAUUUUGAAGAAAAGAAACUUGUACACAACAUGAUCAGAGAGACUGUGAGUGAUGAUCGGUAUUUUUGGACUGGAUUAAAUAAGAGGAACCCCUUGUCUGAGAACACAUGGGAAUGGAGUGACAACAGACCGGUGUCUUCAGCUGUUCUGUUAGAUUCAUUUCAGGAAGAUGAUUUUGAUGUUCGAGAUUGUGCUGCAUUUAAGAGCUCAAAAUAUAGGAUGCGGCAUUUCCUGCUUCCCUUCUUUAUAAUGCCUGGUGUUUUUGAAAGCAACUUUUAUAUGAAACCUUUUCGCUGUGGCAUCAAACUUGAAUGGAUCUGUCAGAUACCAAAAGGUGUGAUUCCAAAGGUCCCAGAAUGGUACAACGCAGAAUUAUCAGACAAAACCACCUUUGUUGAAGGCUCAGAAUUUUGGUUUGUGAAUAAUAUAAAGCUAACAUAUGAGGAAGCUACUUUGUUUUGUGCCAACAAUCAAAGUGAGCUUGCAUCAGUCUCAUCAAGGCCAGCAUUGUUGAAAAUACAAGAUCAUAUGUCCAAGAUCUCAAAUCCUACUGAGAGGUGGUGGUUUAAUGUUUUGAAUAUGGAUGUCCCUUUCAGAAGAUUUUACCCAAUGGGAUUGCAACGACCAUAUCAUGUUUGGCAUCCAAAGUGUAGUUAUAUCACGUCAAAAUCUUUUUAUCCAGACAACUGGCUUAUUGAUUGUGAGCAGCAAUUUUUUUUUGUAUGUAAGAAAAGAAAUGCAACUUCUUUGGAAAAAGAACACAAUGAUCCUGAGCAAUCUAAUGAAUGUGAAAAUGAUUCACUUCCUUUUGCAAAUAAGUGUUAUACAAAAGUGCCAGGGAAAUAUCUGCCAUUUUCCAAAGCAAAUGAAUAUUGUAAGUCACAUGGAGGGAACCUUCCAUCCAUUGCAAAUCAGGUUGAACAAGAUUUGGUUACUUAUUUAAUGUCUGGUGAAGAGUCUAAUAUAUGGAUUGGAUUGGAGAUACUAUUUCACAACUCAGCAUCAGAAUGGGUGGAUAAAAGUCCAGUUAUGUAUUCAAACUUUCAUCCACUUCUUUAUGGGAAAAUAAGGAAAAUACGCAUUGAUAAAUUUUCAUUUUUCGAAGAAAGUAGCCUGAAGCAAUGUGCCUAUGUUCUUAAUGAUCCCCUGUCUUCCUUUGUUGGUACCUGGAAUUUUUCUUCUUGUGAUGACAGUCACUUUGUUUUGCUGUGUCAGAGUCUUGGAGGUAAACCACGCCAAAUAGAAGCUCUGAAUACCACUCUGGAAUUUCAAAGUCAUCAGUACAAAUUCAUUGCUAAAAACAUGACUUGGUUUGAAGCUCGGGAGUUAUGCAGAGCUGAAAAGAUGGAACUUGCUUCAGUGACCAAUACCUAUCAGCAAGCGUUCUUAAGUGUAAACGUGAAAAACUACUCCCAGCCAUCAUGGAUUGGAUUCUACAGUGAAGAUGAUGGGCUUCAUUUCCGCUGGUCAGACAAUAGUCAUUCUAUAUUUAGUCGCUGGCCAGAUUAUGACAUAAUAUCCACAGGAGACUGCGUGUAUCUGGAUACAGAUGGUUUCUGGAAAGCUGAUGAUUGUGAUAGCACUGUACCUGGGGCCAUUUGCCAUAAUAUCACAUCUGAAUCGCCAAAACCAACAACUGACAGUGCUACCAAGUGUCCACACAGGCUCCAUGGAGUUCCAUGGAUACCUUACAAUGGCAACUGUUACACAUUUCAAACCUCUUCUAAGAGGUGGAACUUAUAUAAACAGAGAGAGGAACAUCAGAUAUGCAAGGCUUUAGAUCCCGAUGCUGAUGUUCUAUCCAUAAGAGACGAGAAUGAAAAUGAAUUUGUAAAACAGCAGUUAAUGCCUUAUGAAAGCCUGGCCAGUUGGAUAUGGUUGGGAGUUUAUUAUGAUUCAGUAGACAAUCGCUUGAAGUGGUAUGAUGGGACAAAUGUCCAUUUCUCUAAUUGGAGAAAUGGAAGACCAGAAGAAAAAGAGAUUUUUUUGGCUGGUAUUCAUGCUGAUGGCCUAUGGGAUAUAAUUGGCCACAGUACCAGUCGUUAUUUCCAGAGUCACAGUAUAGUUGCCUGCAAGAUUGAAAGGGGAUCAAAAAGUGAACACAGUGCUCCUUUGCCUGAAACGGAAGUCUAUGGAAAUAUGACAUAUAGACUUGUGAAAAAGAAAAUAUCUUGGUACGAUGUUUUCAGAGAAUGCAAAAGAGAUGGUGAUGAUUUGGCCAGCAUUCAUACAGAAUCUGAACACUUGUUUUUGAAACAGCUUGUUAAGAAGGAUGGCUUUCCUCUGUGGAUUGGUCUCUCCAAUCAAGGAGCAUCAGAAAAAUUAUUUGAAUGGUCCGAUGGAACAGACUUUAACUAUAAACCAUGGGAGUUUGAAAACUCCAAUACUACAGGAAAUUGUGUUUACUUGGAUACAAAAGGAUUCUGGAAGCGGCAGAACUGCAACUCCAUACUCGAUGGUGCUAUAUGCUAUAGGCCCUCGAGAGAAGCUGCAUUUGCAGAAUCCCGUACAGCACCAUCUGCUACAUCACUUGGAUGCCCUAAGAGUGGUUCUUCUGCCACCUGGAUCCUUUAUAAAGAUCACUGCUAUGCAUUCAAUGCAUCAUUCUACAACUACACCGUAUUUUCCAUGGAUGAAGCCUCACAGUUGUGUCAGACUCUUGAGCCCUCUUCUCUUCUUUUAAUCAUAAAGGAUGCUGAUGAGAAUACCUUUGUAACAAAGCAGAUCAAAUCCCAUUACCAUAUCACCAGACAUGUCUGGCUUGGAAUGAACCAUGAUUCUAAAGGUAAUCCAGACAGCUGGAUCGAUGGCUCAGCCCUCUCCUUUUCUAAUUGGGAGGCAAACACAACAAAAGUGAACUCUGAAGCAAACUGCACUGUUAUAGUUUCUACGAAUGGAGUAUGGAUAAACAUAAACUGCAAGGAAAGUCGCAGCAGGGUUGUCUGCAAAGCUCCAAAAAGAAUGGAAAAUGCAUCUCUCAUUGUUGCCUUUCUUCUGAUUUUCUUCAUAACAGCUAUUGCUGGAAUACUUUUUUAUGUCUAUAGAAGAAACAGGAUAAGGUUUUCCCCUUUGUCUUCAACAAUACGCUAUAAAAGAAGCUUUGACGAUAUGGAUACCACGAGUAUAUUAACAGAGACAGAAUAAAGAAUUAAAAUUAUAAGAUGCACUGCUGCUUAUAAACAAGCAAGGAGAAAGAGAAAAUGCACUUUCUUUUGUCAUCUUCCAACCAAAGUACCCAGUUACACUUACUUUUUUUUCUACACAAAAACACAUUUUACAAAAUAUGUUAAUUAAGAUUUUGUUUUGUUUAUACGAUAGUUGACUACAAUGUUGAAUCAACAAUAAGAAUAGCCUAACAAAUGCACCUUAAUUCUUAUAAAGGAUAAGUUUGGUAUUAUUCAAGUCUUGGUUAUUUUUUUAAUUAAUGUUGAAUAUAUUGAUUUGCCACAUGAAACUGUGUUCUAAAGUGAAGUAUUCAUUAUACAUUUAAAAAAAAUCCCUUGCCUGAGUUUGCUUUUUAAAAUCUUAAAGUGGGGCUUAAGGGUCAGGGGUCCAAACGUAAAAGCAAAAGCCUUAAAACUUACUGAAUAUGUCCACAUAUGAAUAUGCUUGAAGGUAGAAAGGUUUCAAUAUAAGAAAACAUGCCUCUUCAGUGUUUCUGAUGCCUGCUUGUGACAAGAAGAUUAAAUUGGAAGUAAUAAAUUUUACCACAGGUUCCUUGAGGCAAGCAUACAUUUUCAGAUUGUGUGUCUGCUCACAGCUGUCAUCGGUGGUAGAGUUUUCAGAGGUGCAUCUAUGCUCACCGUAGCUUCAGACUGCGUAUAUUCCACCCUUCUUACUCCAAUUCUGUUUUAUCUACAGUUACAGUAUAUUAUGCUAUGACUUGUAACAGAUGAUGCUCUGGACAAAAGUGUGCCAAGUGUCUGAUAGCAGCAGAAGCUGUUAGUUUGCCAAGAAAUCCUUCCCAUCAAACCAUUGUGACUAUAGGAUCUAAAACUUGUGCAAGCAGCUCUGCACACAGAUACUUAAGUCAUAUUUUUCCGCAUAUGCCAUGUUUACUCAAAUAAUUUUUUAAUAUGUAAUGCUGGCACACAUACAGAAUUGCAUACAGGCACAUUGUUUUAUGGCUGAUGUGCACAAUAACACUCUUGGCUUGAAAAUUUAAUGUAUUCAGUAAGUUUUAAAGCGUUUUCAUUUUUGGACUACUGUCCCUUAAAACCUAAUUUAAGCUGCACGAACAUACAUUUUUUUAAAUGUAUUAAAAAUACUUCAUUUUAGAACACGGCUUCUUAUGGCAAAUAACCAUAUGCUGUGAUUGUGAUUAAAUAACUUUGACCUAAAAAAUAUGAAACUUAUUCUUUAAUAAGUUUCUAAUUCCUUAAGAAUGUCUCAGGUUUUAACACAUUAUAGUUGCUUACUUGAAUUGGGACUCUUGCACUGGUUUUAAUUGUAGCUGGCUGAUUCUUGUAUUUCUGAGAUUGAAUUUCCCCUCCAUUUCCCAGAACAUUUUAUUUUAUUUUUUGCUUUAUUUGCUGUAAUGCAAAUUAAUGUUGUAUAUAAUUCUGCUUCAGACAGCAAGGGUGAUAUAAUGUUAUUGCUUUUAUUUUUUGCUUUGAUUGAAUAACUUAAUGUAAGCUGUCUAAGGAUUAUAUAAGGGUUGUACUUGUAGCAACCAUCCACACCCAGCAUAACACAAGGGAAACCAGAAUAUAUGGAAAUGGUACAUUAAUAAAAAUAAAAAUGUAAGGGAUCCACAAAAUAGAGAAAACAAAGCAGAAGUAAAACUUACUCCCAAUCAGGGCCUUCCUCAGUUACACUUGAGCCCAAAUCUACCUGUUGGAGUGUAAGCCCACUUAUCCAGUUUAAAGUGCCACUAAAGCAUUCUUUUCACUUGGUGCUCUUCAGACUUCCCUGUCGCUCAUCUUAAAUGGGCCCUUAAUCUAUAUUCAACAGUGGCUCAGAGUUCCUUCUUGGGCUUACCCUGGAAUUCCAUGUGGAUGAAUAAAGGCUCAGAGGCCACCAAGCAACCGUGCACAGACCCCUUUCUACUGCUUUCUUGAGCCUUCUGCAUUCCUUCUUACUUCAAAAGACAACAAAGUUCCACUCUUUACCCUCCAACAUCACGUGCUGCCAACUGUUCGGCGAGAGGUGGCUUGAUGACUUGCGAGUCUUUUAUUGGUCCCUCUCUCGUUUUUUAAUAAAGGUUUAAUCACACCUGGCCCUUGAUGUGUCACCUGCCUUCUAGUUUUCCUUUGGGAUCCUACAUGUCUGGGGCAUCCAGAACACUAACAAGUGGUGCACUUUCUUCCACAUUAUGGUAAGGAGUGCAUUUACAUGUACUUUACAUCCAUGCAUGAAGCAGGACAAGGUGAGUCAUUUGUUUCAGGCAGAAACCUUGUCUCUUAAAAAGCCCCAUUUACAUGUGCAAAUCCACCUGGUCUCCCUUGGCAAAAUGCUCCGAUCUCAUUAAACUGCACAAAAUAAAGUAUUAGAAUUUCCUGGCCACCAUAAAUCUGAAAACGAGCAUAGAGCCUGGGUCUCACAAGCUUUGUGAGGAAUUGCUUUUUAAAAGCAACCUAACAUUACUCAUUACUUACAAAAAGCCUAAUCAAAUAUGUUAUAAAGUCACCCAAUCACGCUGCUCCAGCAUAUCUAAAGCAAAUAGCUGGAUAAAAUCUAAACUUGACAUUUUAUUAAUAUGUUUCUGUUACUAGAUUGCAUGCAGCACAGUGUUCUGCUUUUCUGUGCGAUUGAACCUUACAAAGGAGCAGCAUGCUGUUGGGAUAAUAAUAAUGCAAGUAUUUUCACACCAGAAGAAUAAAUACUCCAUUAGUUUACUUGUUACUUUAAAAAGUAAUCAGGCUACAUAAUGCAACUUACUUUUAACAUGUCACUCUACUUCUCUCAAGAUUAUGCUGCUGAGCUUAGCAUUGUACAUUCAGCUCAUCAGCAUGAUUUCUGAAAUACUGAGACUGAUUAUUUCAGCCAGGAGAAGUUACAACGUGAUCACCUGAGCAUUUGCCUCAGGAAAUUUAUUUUUGUAGAUGCUUCCACCCUUUUCUACCUGUGGCUGCUGGAAGCAUGUGCAUAGCUAAAAGAGUGCAGUGGACAUGUGCACACUACAAAAUUUUUGAACUGCAGCUUGGUUAAGGGUUGACAUAGCCAAAUAACAAUUACUUGUGGAAAAAUCUACAUGAGUUAGCCUGGUUUCUCAGAGAACAAUAACCCAGUUUCUUUGUUCUGAAUAUGGGUUUACAUGGCAUUUUCAGAACUGGGUUUCUUUGAAUAACCAGGUUAUUAAAGCGUCUAUAAAUGUACUUGAUGCACAUAUCCACUGCUAAUGGAUGUUUUCUCUCUCUCUCACUCUUAAAAGUUUUCCUAGACCCUUUCCAGAGCUACCCUCCUCCCUGCCUGCCAGUAUCUUGUACACCAGUUCUGCUGUCACAGUUCUAAAGAUUCUGGCUUCCCUGUGGACAUUUCGAUUGUAGUGUUUGUAUAAAAUGAAUGCUAAACCAGCUGCUGUUUUUAUUUUGUAGAGCCAAAAAAAAAAUACUGUAUGCAUUUAUAUGUGAAUAAUACUUUAAUGCAAGAAGCCAUCAUUUAGCUGUACAGAUCCUUAGUAAAGUUUUAUAUUGGUCUUAUUUGUAAAUAUUUUGUUUUUACUUUAAAAUAAUUUGGAAAAUAAAAUAAAAAGUGAUUUGUUGAGACCGUAUUCCUGUUAUGCAGGAAAAA